AUGAAUAAACUCAAAUAUAGAAAACCUUAUUUGGCGGCGGAUCUUGCAAAAGUUGGACACCAAAUUGAGGGAUUAGCUUCAAACAAAAAUGCAUAUUUGGAACUCGAAUCAGCGGCUGAAAAAUUGCAAGAUUUCGUUGAUUUCAGAGAGCAGCAAAAUGAUUUAGACGAUUCGAUUUUGAAGUGUGCACUUAGAGUCAAAACAGAACGUGAGUUUUCUGAAAUUUUCUAGGAAAAAUUAUUAAUUUUCGUAGUUCGUGGAGAACUAAAUGUAACUCUUGUGACUAGCGAUACAAACCUCCUGGUAAAAGCGCAUUGCAAUAAUUUAAAUGCAUUGUCAACGGCAAAAUUCUUGCAUAAAUCUGGAUAUUGGAGUCAGAAUCGCUAUGAACCACACCACUCGCGACGAAAACGAAAUUCACAACAAAGAAGAGGAUGA